GUCGCUGCGUCACGGAGUAGGUGGACACGUAACGGGACCUCACAGCUGUGAGACACACAGGCCCACAGACAUACAGACAGACAGACAGAGCGGGUUAGCGGGGACAGAGCAGAGACAGCAGGACCACUACAACCCAACACACCUCCUGUACAGCGAAGGCCUCAAACUAUUGAUUCCUGCAGUGUUGACACAGAAGACCAAAUAUAGAAAUGGUGUUCAGAGGCACAAUAACAGAUGCUCCAGACUUUGAUGCCAGCGCUGAUGCUGAGGCGCUUUACAAUGCCAUGAAAGGCAUUGGUAGUGACAAAGAGGCCAUCUUGGACCUGGUCACUUCAAGAAGCAACGCACAGAGGCAGGAAACGAUUGCAGCGUACAAGAGCAGCUUUGGACAGGACCUGAUUGAGGAUCUGAAGUAUGAGCUGACAGGCAAGUUUGAGCGGCUCAUCGUCAGUCUGAUGAGAACUCCAGCCUACCACGAUGCCAAAGAGAUCCACGAUGCAGUAAAGGGAGCUGGGACACACGAGAGGUGCCUGAUCGAAGUCCUGGCAUCUAGAAACAACAAGCAGAUACACGAGAUGGUUGCAGCGUACAAAGAUGCCUAUGGCAGAGACAUGGAGGAGGACAUAGUCAUGGACACCUCGGGUCACUUUAAGAAGAUGCUGGUUGUUUUACUUCAGGGGACCAGAGACGAGUCAGGUGUGGUGGAUGCAGACCUGGUGGAGCAGGAUGCACAAGACCUGUUUGCAGCAGGAGAGGAGCAGUGGGGGACCGACGAGUCCAAAUUCAUCAUGAUCCUGGGAAACCGCAGCAUGACCCACCUCCACAUGGUUUUUGAUGAAUACGAGAAGAUUGCAGAGAAGUCUAUCGAAGACAGCAUCAAGAGCGAGCUGUCUGGAGACUUUGAGAGGCUGAUGCUGGCCGUUGUCCAGUGCAUAAGGAGCGUCCCCAUGUUCUUUGCCGGGCGCCUCUACAAGUCAAUGAAGGGUCUGGGCACAGCAGACAACACCCUGAUCAGGAUCAUGAUUUCUCGCUCUGAGUUAGACAUGCUGGACAUUCGCGAGUUUUUCCGCCUCAGAUACGAGAAAUCGCUUUAUAACAUGAUUAUGGAUGACACAUCAGGGGAUUACAAGAGGACUCUGCUGAAUUUGUGUGGAGGAGAUGAUGAUUUAGCUGGAGAGUUCUUCCCUGAAGCCGCUCAGAUGGCCUACAAGAUGUGGGAAUUAAGUUCCAUGACCAAAGUGCAGCUAAGGCCAACAAUCGGCCCAACACACAACUUUGACCCUGCUGCUGAUGCACAAGCUCUGAGGAAAGCAAUGAAAGGAUUUGGCACCGAUGAAGAUGCAAUCAUUGACAUUGUUGCCCAGAGAAGCAAUGCCCAGAGGCAAGAGAUCCGGCAGACGUUCAAAUCCCUACUGGGAAGGGAUCUGAUGAAGGACCUGAAGUCUGAACUGUCCAAGAACCUAGAGAGGCUGAUCAUCGGCCUCAUGUUGACUCCCGCAGAGUUCGAUGCCAAAAUGAUGAGGAAAGCAAUGGAGGGUGCCGGGACAGACGAACACGCUCUCAUCGAGAUUCUGGUCACCAGGAGCAACGAGGAAAUACAUGCCAUGAAUGCUGCUUAUCGGAACGCCUAUAAGAAGUCUCUGGAAGAUGCCAUACAGUCAGACACAUCAGGCCUCUUCUGCCGCAUCCUCGUUUCCCUCGUGCAGGGUGCAAGAGAGGAGGGAUCUGCAGACAUGGAAAGAGCCAACACAGAUGCUCAGGAACUUGCCGACGCAUGCAACGCUGACUCUGAUGACAUGGAGAUAAAGUUCAUGAGUGUCCUGUGCACCAGGAGCUUCCCCCAUCUCAGGAAAGUUUUCCAGGAGUUUGUCAGAUACACCAAUAAGGACAUUGAACAGAUUAUCAAAAAGGAAAUGUCGGGCGAUGUGAAAAAUUCCUUUUAUGCUAUAGUUCGCAGUGUGAAGAACCAGCCCUCUUAUUUAGCCGACCGUUUGUACAAAGCCAUGAAGGGCCUUGGCACAGACGACAGAGCUCUGAUCCGCAUCUUGGUGUCCCGUAGUGAGAUCGACCUUUUCAACAUUCGCAAAGAGUUCAAGGAAACACACGACACCUCCCUGCAUGAAUUCAUCAAGGUAGAAACCAUGAUCGGUGACACUUCGGGAGACUACCGUAAAACGCUGCUGAUGCUCUGCGGAGGGGAAGAUUAAACACGUCACGUCCCUGCAGCUUCGUAAGCAGAGUUCGGUGUCAAACCACAAGACACAAAGAGUGAUCGCGGAGUGAAACUGCAGCGGUUAACGUCAGCAUCUUAUUUGUUCCCAGCUACUGCCACUCCUCAGCCAAACCAGGUGGCCUGUGACCUCCUGUCCCAGCCUUCCAAUGCCAGUUAUCUGCUCACCUGUCUGAUCGUCCCACCUGUCUGGAUGAUGUCUCUGUUUUAGUUUUUUUACAACGUCAUAUGCAACUUUUAAAUGUCCACAUUAGCUUAGAGAGGAGCUUCACAUGUGCAGCAUAUGAGACUAGAAGAACUCAAGCAGUGCCUUUAGAUUGUUGGCCACCCAAUGAUUACUGUGAUUUUAAGUUAUCAAAUAAAUAAAUCAAACAAAGAA